CCGGGUCUGGACGCGCGGUUCGCCGGGGGCGCGGGGGGCGUGGGGGGCGCGGCGCCAUGGUGCUGAGCCCGGUGAUCGGGAAGCUGCUGCACAAGCGCGUGGUGUUGGCCAGCGCCUCCCCGCGCCGCCGGGAGAUCCUCAGCCAAGCGGGCUUCAGGUUCGAGGUGGUGCCUUCCAGGUUCAAAGAGAAGCUCGAUAAAGCCUCCUUCCCCACCCCCUACGCCUACGCCGUUGAAACAGCCAAGCAGAAGGCCUUGGAGGUGGCCUGCAGGAUGUACCAGAAAGAUCUCCGGGCCCCCGACGUCGUCAUCGGAGCGGACACCGUCGUGACGAUCGAGGGGCUGAUCCUGGAGAAGCCGGUGGACAAGCAGGACGCCUACAGGAUGCUCUCCAGGUGCGUCCGGGACUCUGCGCCUCGGGGAAGCAGCUCGGCCUCAGGUGCAGCCUGGGGCGGGGCCAGCACUGUGGGCGGCCGGCUGGACACGCAGGUGACCGAGUUUCACGAGGAGACCGCGGUGACGUUCUCGGAGCUGUCGGAGCAGCUGCUGUGGGAGUACAUCGACAGCGGGGAGCCCAUGGACAAGGCGGGCGGCUACGGGAUCCAGGCGCUGGGCGGCAUGCUGGUGGAGCGCGUCCGCGGGGACUUCCUCAACGUCGUGGGCUUCCCGCUGAACCGCUUCUGCAAGACGCUGGCGGAGCUGUACUACCCGCCGCGCCGCGAGGACCUGCCCCGGGUCAGGCACGACUCCAUCCCCGCCGUGGACACCUUCGACGUCCCCAGCGACUCGGAGGCGGGCGGCUCCCGCGCUGCCCCGGGCGACGGGGGCCGCGGCCGCGCAGGCGCAGAGGCGGGCGUUGACUCCGCGCAGGCUCCUGCUGGCGCGCAGCGCGCGGUCGCCGCCGGGAAGGUGGAGGACCCGCCGCCGUUCCCAUCGGACCUCCUAGAACUCAUAGACGGCUUUAAAGCAUCGAAGGCCCUGUUCACGGCUUGCAAGCUGAAGGUGUUUGAUGCCCUGAAAGAUGAAGCCCCCCUGAAGGCGGUGGAUGUUGCACGCAAAAUUGAUGCCUCUGUGUGUGGAACUGGGCGGCUCCUGGAUGUCUGUGUGGCCCUGGGAUUAUUGGAGAAGACAGACAGAGGUUACCGGAACACACAACGAGCCGAGCGGCACCUGGCGUCGGAGGGCGCGGGUUCUCUGCGCGGCCUCAUCGCCUACAACGAUGAGCGCGCCUGGGACGUCUUCACGCACCUGGAGAGUGCAGUCCGGGGGGGCGCCCAGCAGGCUCCGGGGAGGCAGGCGGAGGCCCCGUCCCAGAGCAAGGAGAGGAGGCUGCAGUUCAUGCGAGCCAUGCACGGCCUCACCAGCCUGACGGCGCGCCCGGUGGCCACGGCCUUCGACCUGUCCCGCUUCUCCUCCGCCUGCGACCUGGGAGGCUGCACGGGUGCCCUGGCGGGCGAGCUGGCCCAGGAGUACCCGCACCUCAAGGUGACCGUGUUUGACCUCCCAGAGGUCAUCGAGCACGUCGCGUGUUUUCUCCCUGAGGGACGGCCGACCGAACGGAUCAGCUUCGUGCCAGGUGACUUCUUCAAGGACGGCCUCCCGGACGCCCAGCUGUACAUCCUUUCCAGAAUUCUCCACGACUGGCCGGACGACAGAGUGCAGGAGCUGCUGAGCCGGGUGGCGGGCAGCUGCAAGCCAGGCGGCGGCCUCCUGGUGGUGGAGGCGGACCCGGAGCAGCGCGCCGCCCCCGCCAGCCUGUCUGCGGCCCUGAACGCGCUGGUGCGGCCGCAGGGCAGGGAGCGCUCGGCGGCCGAGUACCGCCUCCUGCUGGAGCAGCACGGCUUCCGCGACGUGCGGGUGGCGCCCGCGGGGCACGGGCUGCACGUGGUCCUGGGCACCCGAGCCGCGGCGCCCUGAGGCCGCCGACACCCGCGCUGCCCCAGGGGGCCGACUGGGGUCCCCCCCCCCGAACUUGGCCGUCAGCUGCAGCAUUCACCCGCAUCCGCCCGCCGUGGAAGCGCACAGAUUAAACCUGCAAAACGCACUUGCUCCCAGCUCGUUUGUGGGCGCAGAGCCCCCGCAGGCCGCGUGCGGGGCGGGGCGGGGUCGGCAGGGUCUUGUCCGAGGUCCGGGUAGAGACACGCCCCCCACCCCACACCCCCAACCGUGGAAAGGCCUCGAGGAGCUCAGGGGCGCGGUGGGAGGGCGCCUCGGCCCCUCCGGCUCCAGGAUUGUGCACCCUCCUCGCUCACGCGUGUGUUACACGUGUUUGUGCAUGUGACUCACAGCAGGCGCGACCCGGGGGCGCCCUCCGCCGGAUGCGUGUGACUUCCGGCACCUGCCCUACACGCGACCCGGGGGCGCCCUCCGCCGGAUGCGUGUGACUUCCGGCACCUGCCCUACACGCGACCCGGGGGCGCCCUCCGCCGGAUGCGUGUGACUUCCGGCACCUGCCCUACACGCGACCCGGGGGCGCCCUCCGCCGGAUGCGUGUGACUUCCGACACCUGCCCUACACGCGACCCGGGGGCGCCAGGUCUCCUACCCUCUGCCCGGACCCUGGGACGCACGGCCGCCUCCCUCCACGUCCACGAAACCGCCCAGAAGUCGUGUCUUUACGAAGCGGGUGGCUCACGAGGCGGCGGUGUAUCAGUUCAGGACGGCUUUGCCACCAACGUCCCCAAGCGACCCGUUUCCCGCUCAAGUCCGUUGUCUGUUUCAUUAAUUCCUCGCGUCUUCAGGGAGCGGGUGUGUUCUGUGUAUUGGGGCGAAAGUAAACACCCACCAGCUCGCAA